AGGGACGCAGGAAAGAAACAAAUGGGGAGAGGGAGAGGUCUGUCUAGAAUAUGUUGAGCUUUUGAGGGGCUUACGGGAAGAGUGUGGACAGACUUGGCUGAUAGGCGGCCCCUCCGGAUGUGGACUUCCAGGCAGAGCUCCGAGGGGCAGAAUUAGAGACGUCAGUAGCUCGUGGGGGUGGGGGUGGGGGUGGGGUUAAAACCAGGUGGGAGCAGGUGCCCCAAACCCAGGAGAGGUGCUCAUGCGCAGGAUGGACAAACCGGUCUCCAGCAAGAGCCCGAGGAAGUCGGGUCAUACCCCAUUUUUGCGGAGAUUUAGGAUAGAGCCCUGUGAAACCUCUAAGUUUAGGAUACAGGUCAAACUUAGGAGGUCCCGAAGAGGGCAGAGAAGGUGGGAGAAAAGCCAGGAGGAAGUGAGGGGAGAAGUUACGGGGACCUAGGCACUCCCUUCGUGCUCCUGCAGACGGCCGGGGAGGGAGACAGGACGCAGGAGCCCGGGACUCCCCCUCCCGGCGGGAGGAAGCGGUGCUUCUCCGUGCAGGCCUCCGCCUCUCUUCCCUCGCCGCUCCCGCCCCGUCCCCGCCCCGACUGGCUGUGUCCCGGAAGUGGUCAUAAGCUGGGUCCCGAUGCCGGGAGCGGAAUCUCGGCGCUCCCGGAAGUGGCCCGGAGGCUGUGCGCCAGUCCCGAGCAGUGCUCGCUCCUGCUCGGGGCGCUGCGGCCCCGGGCGUCGCCAUGACCAGCGAGCUGGACAUCUUCGUGGGGAACACGACACUUAUCGACGAGGACGUGUAUCGCCUCUGGCUCGAUGGUUACUCGGUGACCGACGCGGUGGCCCUGCGGGUGCGCUCGGGAAUCCUGGAGCAGACGGGCGCCACGGCAGCGGUGCUGCAGAGCGACACCAUGGACCAUUACCGCACCUUCCACAUGCUCGAGCGGCUGCUGCACGCGCCGCCCAAGCUACUGCACCAGCUCAUCUUCCAGAUUCCGCCCUCCCGGCAGGCACUACUCAUCGAGAGGUACUAUGCCUUUGAUGAGGCCUUUGUUCGGGAGGUGCUGGGCAAGAAGCUGUCCAAAGGCACCAAGAAAGACCUGGAUGACAUCAGCACCAAAACAGGCAUCACCCUCAAGAGCUGCCGGAGACAGUUUGACAACUUUAAGCGGGUCUUCAAGGUGGUAGAGGAAAUGCGGGGCUCCCUGGUGGACAAUAUUCAGCAACACUUCCUCCUCUCUGACCGGUUGGCCAGGGACUAUGCAGCCAUCGUCUUCUUUGCUAACAACCGCUUUGAGACAGGGAAGAAAAAACUGCAGUAUCUGAGCUUCGGUGACUUUGCCUUCUGCGCUGAGCUCAUGAUCCAAAACUGGACCCUUGGAGCCGUCGACUCACAGAUGGAUGACAUGGACAUGGACUUAGACAAGGAAUUUCUCCAGGACUUGAAGGAGCUCAAGGUGCUAGUGGCUGACAAGGACCUUCUGGACCUGCACAAGAGCCUGGUGUGCACUGCUCUCCGGGGAAAGCUGGGCGUCUUCUCUGAGAUGGAAGCCAACUUCAAGAACCUGUCCCGGGGGCUGGUGAACGUGGCCGCCAAGCUGACCCACAAUAAAGAUGUCAGAGACCUGUUUGUGGACCUCGUGGAGAAGUUUGUGGAACCCUGCCGCUCCGACCACUGGCCACUCAGCGACGUGCGGUUCUUCCUGAAUCAGUAUUCAGUGUCUGUCCACUCCCUCGAUGGCUUCCGACACCAGGCCCUCUGGGACCGCUACAUGGGCACCCUCCGUGGCUGCCUCCUGCGCCUGUAUCAUGACUGAGGACCCUCCCAACGCUCCGCCCACACUGACAAUAAAGUUGCUCUGAGUUUGGA